AUGGUCGACGACCCUUCAACGGACGACUACAUCUGCUGGUCACCAUCUGGCAAAACUUUCUUUGUUCCCAAUCAAGACACCUUCUCCACACACGUCCUGCCGCGCUUCUUCAAGCACAACCGCUUCACAAGCUUUGUACGCCAGCUCAACAUGUAUGGUUUUCACAAGGUCCCUCAUCUGCACCAGGGCGCGCUGGUUCUUGCUGGCGAGAUCGAGCUAUGGGAGUUCAUGAACGAAAACUUCCAGCGAGAUCGACCAGACUUGCUCCAGUAUGUCGUUCGCAAAAACUCCUGUGCUGGCGCUGGCCCCAGCGCCGGGCCAAACCUCGCAAACACGUCGCUGCACAUCACCACGCUUUGGAACACGCUACAAUCGAUCCAGAGAGCGCAGUCGGACAUCACACGCGACCUGCACCACCUCAGCUCGGCGCAAACGCGUUUGUGGCAGGAGGCCCUGGACAAUAGUCGCAGGACCAAACGGCAGGAGGAGACGAUGAACAAGAUCGUCAAAUUUCUUGGCAGCGUCUUUGGC